AAGGAAAGCCAAUGAAAAGUGAAUUGAAACAGGGAAAACCAAAACCCAAAAGCACAUACCCAUUUCAGAGAACACACUGUAAUUUAAACCCAACGUCUGUCCUUUGUCCCUUUCCCCCUUCCCUCUAGUAAAGAACCGUUUCAUGAAUUAACAAGGAACCAAAAUUCAUGGCUCCUUCCUUUUCCUCCUCUUCUUCAUUCAAAUCCCCUCCUCCUCCCCCUCAUCACUUCCCCCGUUUCACCCCCAUUCAAGAAUGCGAAAGGGAAGAACUUGAAGUUGAAACCCCAAGUGUUAAGAGAGUGACACCAAAGCAUAUCCCAACUCCUCUCCAUGAUAGAAGCAACAUAGCUAGCGCUAGGAAAUACCAUGAAUCGUGUGAUGAAGGUUCUGUCUCGUGCUACCACUGCAGGCCACAUGCUCGAGAAAAGAUCUCUGUGGUACCUCUGGACAACAAUGGUGUCAACAAGCAUCACCCAUCCUCCAUGGCUAGCCCCAAUAUCAUAUUCAAGUCCUUUUUCCAAUCUUUAAUAAGGAGGAGUCCAAAAUCAACGAACAAAUCCUCAGGAACAGAAGAGCAAUGGAAGAUUGCUGUUUCAGAGCUCUCACAUAAGCUCAUUCAAGCAACAAGAAAGAGGGACGGGGCAGUGCUGGAGGCUUCAAGGUUAAAGUACUCCAUGGCUGAGCUUGAGAAAAAGCUUAACAAGCUUGAAGUUUACUGUCACAAUCUAAAGUCCGGACUGGAUGAAUGUAGUGGGAAUUCUCCUUAUAAAAUCGGUAAAGGUCAUAACUUCUAUCAAGUGAAUAAUCGAGAAGGUGGUGUUUUCAACGAGAAAGUGAUUGAGCAAUUCUUGGCUUCUGUUUCUGAGGCAACAUCUUCAGUUAGGGUAUUGAGCAGAUCACUUACAAUUCAAUUAAGGCACAUGGGAGGCAAAGUUUAUGAAAGGAUAUCUGUUCUUCUGCAGCCUUAUGAUAUAACGGUUUCUCACUCCAAGAACCCAAAGACCCUUCUUUUUUACCUUGAAGCUUUGCUGAAUAAGGCCUUCUUUGAAGAUUUUGAGUCCAGUGGCUUUCAAAAGAACUCAGUGAACCAAAUAUUGAACCCAAUAGAUUGUUGUGAAGCUAAUUAUGGAUCAUUCAAUGAUUUGCAAGGCCUAACAUGGGAGGAAGUCUUGAAUAAAGGGACGAGGCAUUUCAAUGAGGAGUUCAGUAGGUUCUGUGAUAGGAAGAUGAGCGAUAUUGUGGCUAUGUUGGGAUGGACCAGAGCUUGGCCUGAACCGCUACUGCAGGCAUUCUUUGGUGCGUCCAAGAGUGUGUGGUUGCUGCACCUCUUGGCCAACUCGGUGCAUCCAGGCUUGCCAAUCUUCAGGUUGGAUAAGGGGGUGAAGUUCAAUCCGGUGUAUAUGGAAGACAUAGGUGGAGAAAGGGCUAAGAAGCUGAAUCCAAGUACGGUUCGAAUCAUGGUUACACCUGGGUUCUAUGUGUAUAACAAUGUGGUCAAGUGCAAGGUGCUUUGCAGGUACUACAGCAACAACAACAAUAUUGACUGUAGCAGAAUCGAUGACAGGGGUUUGACUCCAUCAUCUUGAUUAGGGUAAGAUUUGUUUGAGUUUGAAUUAUAUAUCUUGAUGUAUAUUACUUUUCAAUUUGCAAUAUUCUGUUUUGAUUUCCAGUCUAGUUUAUAUGAAGAGAUUGAGUACUAAAGAAUGAAGACCAAGCUAUGGGGCUUUCAGUUGGGGAAUCUUUUGUGGAUUUGACCUUUUCCUGUUCUCUUUGUUUUACUCUCUGUUUGGUCAAUUUCAUCUUCAAUAUCGGAGUUGGGAUUGAAAUCUAUGUGGAAAGAAUUAUCAAUUAUCACAAGAAAACAAGGAAAGAAAGGAUAAAAAAGAAAAACAACUUGUGAUUGACUUUUGAAUCUUUUGCCUUCUUUUCUUUUGUAUUUGGGAAGCAACGAAGCAUCUAUGGAAACAGU